AUGUUAAUCGUGGUCAUUUUGCUUGUUGUUUUCGCCCCUGCCUUACUACAUCGUUGUACAGUCUGGAAAUCGAAAUCUCAAUUAAAACACCGUAAUCAUAUUAUGAAAAAACUCAAUAUCGUGGAACCACCACCACACUCGGAUGUCGAAAUGCAAUCACCACUAUCAUUACCCACCGUCUCCUCAGUAGUUCCUCCGCCGGUUCCAACGCUGAAACCGUCUUACGGCGACCUCUCCCAAAAAUUGGAAGUGCAUAAGAAAUUAGUUGUCAAACUUACACGCGACUUAGAAGCUGAACCAGAACAACAGAAACCAUAUACAUCUUCUCCAUUUUCGAAAAUUACAUAA